AUCCUGUCCCACUCGGCAUCAUGGGCACCUGGGCCUUCCCCGUGGCGCUUUUCCUGCUCUGCCUGACUUCUGAAAGCCUGCAAGGCGGGCUACCUCCAUUGUCUCCAGGCCUAGGGAAAGGCUACGGCCCCCCCAGUGGCCUGGGAGCAGGAUUUGGGAACGGGAAUGGCCUGGGAGCCCAGCCAGGCAUUGGAGGGGGUGUGAAAGCCCAGAAGCCAGGGUUUGGGAACGGAAAUGGGCUAGCAGCAGGGGCCUUCCCAGGUGCGGUGGCCCAGCCAGCUCAGCACAGCUAUGGAGCCCCAGGAGGAGGCUGGGUCGCUGGGAUCCCCUCACCUGCCACGUCUUUCUCCCCAGGUUUUGGAGGUGGUGUGAAACCCCAGAAGCCAGCAUAUGGAAACGGACUGGUUGCUGGUGCCUUCCCGGGGCUUGGAGCCCAGCCAGGCCCUGCGGCUCAGGGACCAGGAGUCGGAGGGGGCGUGAAACCACAAAAGCCAGGAUUUGGCAAUGGGAAUGGGAUGGGAGUUGGAGCCCAGCCAGGAUUCGGGAACGGGAAUGGGCCGGGAGGCGGCGCCUUCCCAGGAGCAGGAGUGCAACCAGGCCCUGCAACUCAAAACGGCUAUGGACCAGGCUUUGGAGGGGGUGUGGAGCCCCAGAAGCCGGGAUUCGGGAACGGCAACGGGCUGGCAGCCCAGCCAGGCCUAGCGACCCAGAACGGAUAUGGAGCAGGCUUUGGUGGGGGCAGGAAGCCCCAGAAGCCAGGAUUCAGGAACGGCAACGGGCUGGGAGGCCAGCCAGGCCCCGUGGUUCCCAUCAGCUACGGACCAGGCGUUGGUGAAGGCGGGAAGCCCCAGAAGCCAGUUUACAGGAAUGGGCUGGGAGCCGGAGUCUUCCCAGGCCUGGGAAGGGGCAUGAGCCCUCUGAAGCUAGGAUAUGCCCCAGGGCCUGGGCUGCAGCUCCCGGCAGCUCUUGGAGGGGGUGUGAAACCUCAGAAGCCAGGAUAUGGCAAUGGAAUUGGGGUGGGGGCCCAGCCAGGUCCCUGCAAUGGGAGGGUCCCUCCACUGCUGCUCCCCAGGCCUCCCACUUCGGGGGUCCCUUCUAACAAAGGGGGCGGCUGGGGCCCCAAAUCUCAGCCCCCUCCCCCAGUGCAGAAUGGCAAGUUCCCAGCACCGACUCCGGCCAUCCAGUGGGGAAUGAAACCUCAGAAAGCAGGAUACCGGUCCCCGAACGGCUAUGGAGCAGGAACAGAACUGGGCUUUGGUGGUGGCCUCAAGCCUCAGAAAGUCGGGUUUGGCUACGGGAAUGGUCUGGGAGCCGCCGGGGUCUUCCCUGAGGCCCACCUGCAGCCAGAGUUCCCUGGGGCCAAUGGCUUUAGGAAUGGGUUCAGGGAGGAAGCGCCAGUCUACCCCAAGGCAGCAGCUCCAGGCCCUGAAGGAAAUGGUCAGGCUGGGACCCUAAGGGGCUCCUCUUGGCCCUCCGUCCAGCCCUGGGUGCUUGCCCUGAAGCCUGGAUAUGGGGCUGGAGUUGCAUAUCCAGGGGUCAGGAGCCAGCCAGGCACAUACGGACAGCUGAGGCCAGAGCUGGGCCCUGGACCCUUCGGCAGCCCUGAGGUGAAGAGAGGUGGCAGUGGCCUGCUGGGAAAUGGCUAUGGAGGCCACUGUUCUCUUGGAAAAUGCUGAGCGCCGAGGCCCUUCCAUCACCACCCAUCCUGAGUGCCUCAGAACCACAGCCCGGUGUGGGUGAGGACGACCAGACCCUGGGGCUUGGCUUCUGGCCUGGGGUCUCCUGCGGGCUGAAAGUAUUAAUAAAGACCACGUACUUCCC